GUGGCGGGAGGGAGGGAGCGGUCACGCGGCUGCCAUGGCAACGCGCCCCGCCCCUCUCCGGCCUCCAUGAGGCGGAAGCGGCCGCCGUGGCCGUGGCUGUGGCUGGCAAUGGCCAGCGCCCUGCUGGCCCUGCUGGCCCUCCUCUGGGGCUCGCAGGUUUUAAAAGCGUUUGAGUACCCUUCUCCUUGGAAGGGACAGCAACAGAUGUACAAGCUGGACAUAGGCUGGCCUAAAAUUCCAGAAUACUUCACUGGUCAGACAUUUUGUGUUGCUGUUGACUCUCUUCAUGGUUUAGUCUAUGUGGGACAAAGGGGAGAUAAUGUGCCAAAGGUACUUGUAUUCUCAGAGGAAGGCUAUUUUCUUUACUCCUGGAAUAAUACAGUGGAAAUGCCUCAUGGUAUCUUUGUAUCAAACACUGCAACAGACAGUUCAGUAUGGAUCACAGAUGUUGGAACAGGAAAAUAUGGGCACACCGUGAAACAGUAUAGUCCUUCGGGUAAACUUAUGCAGAUAUUGGGCACGCCAGGAAAUGCUGGUUCAAGUUUGAUUCCCCUACAAUUUGAUCAACCAGCAGACAUCUUUGUAGAAGAAAGUGGAGAUAUCUAUGUUGUGGAUGGAGACGGAGGAAUGAAUAACAGAUUGCUCAAACUAUCCAAUGAUUACAAAGAGAUAUGGCUGACUGGAACAAAUGGGACCGGCAUUGGUCAGUUCAAGAUUCCUCAUAGUGUGACACUGGAUCCUUUUGGACGGGUAUGGGUUGCGGACAGAGACAACAAAAGAAUCCAAGUUUUUGAUAAAGUCACAGGGGAAUGGCUCGGGUCUUGGAGCAGCUGUUUUUCAGAAGAUGGACCCUAUUCUGUCAGAUUUACUGCCAAUUACAAAUACCUGAUUGUAGCUCAGCUGAAUAUCAACCGGUUAGCAAUCUUGGCGGCGCCACUGGUUGGCUCUAUUGGAGACUGUGUUAUGGUCAACACAGUUCAGCUGGCAGAUGAAACCAAACCACACCUUGUGGAUGUAGACAUGAAGAGUGGAGCAGUCUAUGUUGCAGAGAUUGGAGCCCAGCAAGUACAAAAAUACAUACCCUUAAGCUGAUGGUUUCCCACAACUGCUGUGGCAUAAGCUGUGUCAUGUAGAAGACCUGUGACCUCAUUUGCUUGAGUUUUCUGUAUUUUGUGUUUCCUUAGACAAGCACAGAACACUGUCUCCCAGAACUGUAGAGCUAGGAAUCUGUCCUAGCUGUUCUGUAGCCCUGGAGAGAUACUCAGUCUUGAGCUGUUACUCAUUUUAGUAAUGCUAUGGUGGCUUUUGCUUUUUUUGCUGGGAAUUGUAAAAUGACUUUGAUAAGCAUCUUAAUUUUAUUAUAUAUAACUUUACAAACACAGCUGCUGCUCUUAAGUGUAUAGGCUCAUCUUGAGGCUCCUCUACUUAGCCUGUGUGUGUUGUUAAAUGAAGGUCAGAACCAUCUGAAGUGUACAAAUGAUUUCCUGGGAAGCAAGGACCUCAUUUUAAUGUUUCUUCACUUGUUUUUUUUGAAUCAUUGUGCUGAUACUGCCCAACAGUGAAUAGAGAGAUGCAUUAUGAUGUUGAAUAAGAUGCUGCUGUAUGCUGGUGUCAGCACUGAUACUGGCAUCUGCUUUAGGCAGUUUAUGACAUAAGCAUUGAAAUCUAAGUUUUCAGCUCUAGCUAAAGGGCUAAUGUCUGUAAUAAGCUUAAGUUAAAUUGAUAUCAGGCACUUCGAACUAAUUAAAAGUAUGUGCACAGCAGCCAAGUACUGAUUCUUAACUAAAUCAGUUCUUAACCUGAUUUGAUUUAUAUCAGCAUGCGUUUUCUCUUCCGUAAGAUUGCAGUGGAACAUACUGAAGUUAAACUCAUAUAAGUUCUUUAAGAUAAACAAAUUGCAAUUUGCUAGGGCAGUCUUAAUCAGUAUUAGGGCCUGGGAGACACAUGAUUUUCUCCCAAUUUUAUUGAAGCUCUGCCAGUUAACAGCAGUGCAUCUGUUUUGAUUUGGGGAUUUUUAACUCUUUUAUAUCCAGCACUUAGACUUCAUCAACUCCAUUAAUGUCUAGAGUUAAGUUUCUUAUUCUGUAUCCUAGCAAAUGUCUCCAAGCUCUGACCUAAAAAAUGCUGUCUCUGCAUUCCUAGUCCAGAGUGGUUCUGUUUUCUUUACGUGUUGCCACAAGAUUGUUCACUUUAUAGCACAGAGGAAAAUUGGAGGGGGAAAAUGGUAUUGCAGAAACGAGACAGUGAAUAACUGAUUACCUCUGUAAAGCUGUGGAGCCACAUUCCAUAUUUAUCUACUAGUUCUUCAAAACAUUUGGGAGGAUUUUUGCUGUUUCCACACACUUAUUCUACUGUGUGGACUAUUUUAAUGCUAGUUAACAGCUGAGAGGGGCAAUUUUUUUUCAACUUCCUUAGAAAGGGAAUAUGGGAAAUGGAAUUAUUCUGAUAGGAAAUAUCCACUUCAGUGAAAGUUAUCAAAAGCAUAUGCAUCUUAAUUUGGCAGGUUUCAACCUAUAAUCACAAAUUUCUGGGUCAGCAGAUGGGAAAACUCCGGAAAAGUCCAGAAAAGUCAGAUUCAUAUGUUCUGUAGAAAGUAACUCAGCUGUGGAGCCUGGUGGCCUGAUUUCAGUGCUAUUUGAGAUUAGUGCACUAAAUACAAAUGCUUUGUUGUUGGCUGCGUCCACAAUAACAAAAGCAGAUCUAACCUGGCUGCCCUCGUGCAAGCCUUAGAACCAGAACUUAUACACUAGUAAAUAUGAUCCAUCAUUCAUGUGGAGCUAGUAAGCAAUAUUUAUUAGCUGAAAAUGUAGCAGUACUUCGUCUAGAUAUAGAUGGAUAUGUUCACAUUGCUUUGCAGUGUGUUGUGUGGAUUUUCUAACUUGGUCUCCACUAGCUCAGGGAUCUCUGCUCUGUGUGCAAUUUAGCUAUUUCUCACCUACACAAGGUGGAUUUCUAUUUUAAAAUAUUACUGUAAUAUAAGUAACUAUAGUUGAAUAUAUCUUGGCGGUGUAAGGGGUCCAGGCACAUCCAUCCUUCCUCACCACAUCUUUUCCUUAUUUAUUUUUCCUUUGUCACAUCCAUUUGAAACUGGACUCAAAGCCUCUGGGAGCACACUUGUGUGUUCAGUAAAGGAGUAACACACUUUUGGAUGUUGAUGAGUAAGUUAUUUCUACAAGGUUGUGUUUGUGCGGAUCUGCUCUCAACUUCCUUUUUACAUGGGCUUUUGCAGCCCCUAGAAAUGGGGAGCAUUCAUGCAGUUUUCUCUGGCUUUACUGAAGUACACCGUGGUGCCAAAAAGUGCCUUGCCUGUAGGCUUUUGCGUUUCUGUGAUAAGAAGGGAUGCUCAUUGUUACCUAGUAUGAGAAGCUUAGACUCCUUUUUGUCUCUGUGUCUAUGACCAGGCUGAGAAAAUGAUUGAUUUGUGCACUAACUUGCUAAUUCUCUGAAGGUUUUCGUAUGUAUCACCUUGAAACCGAUUUCUGACAAAUUGCAUAGCAGGAUAAUUUGAUAAAAUAAAUUGAGAAUUUCCCAUUAUGAAA